UUCCUAAAGCAUUGCCAAUGGUCGUCGCAGACCUCGUUAGCUUGAAUUAGAUAUACUUACUCCUCCUCAUUCAUACUGUUUCGGAUAUAACGUCAGCACUAGACAUUACGCGGGAGAUGCCAUCAACUUGAUUGAUUCAACCCCAGUGACCGACUUCCCAUUGUUGAACCCCAGCUUGGACUCCAGGCUUCUCCAGCUUUGUUCAAUCACCCUUUCGUAUCUGCCAAAUCUCAUCAAACUCCCACGACCUCAGUAUCACCAUGGCCGACGACAAGCCCUUUGACAUGAUCGCCCGAGGCCAAAGGGGAAAUAACCUCUUGGGCAGCGCCAUCUUUAUCGGUCUCCGCGCUGCCGACCCAUUCCUCCAACGCCAUCUUCUUCUCAACUCCCCCCUGCCCGCUCUCGCACGCAUACUCGGCCUACGUGCUCCACGCCUUCCACCGACCGGCGGUCUUCCACUGGCCGGUUCGGGCAUGACUCCCUACCAGACCCUCCUCUGGGCGUUCUCCAUCGGUUCCGCAGCCAAGCACAUCCUCUGGAUCACCGCGCUGGCCAACGAACCCGUCAGUCCUUCCGCGGGCGUCGCAAUAUCGCUGUUCAACACGGCGUGCAACACGCUGAACACACUAGUAUUCGACCUUGCAGGAGAGAAUCCCACCUUCUUCCCGCCAUGGAGCAUGUACGUCGGUUCGGCGCUGUAUGUCACGGGCAUCCUGGCCGAAACUAUCAGCGAGAUUCAACGCAAAUGGUUCAAGGACGACCCACGGAAUGAAGGGAAGGUGUAUGCGGGUGGGCUGUCCUCUCUUGUCCGCCAUGCUUCGUACUUUGGCUACACGCUUUGGCGGACUGGGUAUGCGAUAGCCUCUGGUGGACCGCUGUGGGGCUCUGUCGUCGCAGCUUUCUUUAUCUCGAAUUUCGUCAAUCGAUCAAUUCCCGCUCUGGAUAAUUACAUGGGCAAGAAAUACGGCGAGCAAUGGGCCAGAGUCAAGCGAGACGUGCCGUACGCCUUGAUUCCCAGAGUAUGGUGAAAAGCAUGGCGAAAAGGAGUUGUCAUUUUGUUAUCAUUACACUAUUUCAUUUGCAUUUUGGUCGUUAAG